UUUAUUGUAUUUCCUAUGUGAACAGGUUUCCAUGAUCCUGGGGUUGUGCCAGCCAGGUGGUCAACAGCCACUGCUUAUAGACUUGGCAACCUCUUCUGCACCCUAUUUUCCUCCUACGCACAUGGGGAGUGAAGGUACAAGCAGCGCCCCAACAAGUGGCUGAAGACAAAUUUGUAUUUGAUUUACCAGACUAUGAAAACAUCAAUCAUGUAGUGGUCUUCAUGCUGGGAACUAUACCAUUUCCAGAAGGAAUGGGAGGAUCUGUCUAUUUUUGUUAUCCGGACCAGAGUGGGAUGGCAGUGUGGCAGCUGCUGGGGUUUGUCACUAAUGAGAAGCCAAGUGCCAUCUUCAAAAUUUCUGGUCUGAAAUCUGGGAAGGGAAGUCAACAUCCCUUUGGUGCCAUGAACCUCCCGCAGACACCAACGGUGGCCCAGAUUGGAAUCUCAGUGGAACUGCUGGAGAACCUGGCCCAGCAGACUCCUGUUGCAAAUGCUGCUGUGUCAUCAGUAGAUUCAUUCACAGAGUUCACUCAGAAGAUGUUGGAUAACUUCUAUAACUUUGCUUCCUCAUUUGCUGUUACUCAGGCACAGAUGACCCCAAAUCCUUCUGAAGCUUUCAUUCCUGCAAAUGUAGUUCUGAAAUGGUAUGAGAACUUCCAGAGACGUCUGACACAGAACCCUCUCUUCUGGAAAACAUAAGCUUAAAUUGUGUCAUUUGAAGUGCUUUCUAAACAGAGUUACCUGAAAGAUGCAGCAAGUAACUCCACUGAAGAAUU